AUGACCUCUGCCUCAAACCUCAUCCUUGACCGAAUCGAACUUGACCGCCUCAGUUGGCGCUUUGAAAGCUCUGACUGCCUUGAUUUCUCUCAGUUUGCGGACAUCAGUCAUCUUCAGGGCCUCUUCAGCACCUCCUGGCCUUUGACCACCAUCACUGACGAUCAAAACCUGAGAGUCGAAGGAAACAUUGGCGACGCUUGGAACUAUGGGUCUGCCAGCUACCACCACAGAGAAUUCGGCGGAUCCAGCGGCAAGACUCACUACCUGACAUCCUCGGGCGAGAGUGUGUAUGGCCCCUAUGGAACCGACCAUACCAUCUUCGGUAAGUUUGGCGUCAGUGACAGCGCUUAUGAUGCGUUCGACCCUGAUCGCAUCAAAAUGUGCGACUACCCACACGACCAGAUCUGGGCCGGAUAUACCGCGUGUCAAGGCUAA